AUGCAACAGGAUGUGCUCGACGAAAAAAGAGUAGUAGCAACAAAGCGGGUGUACAUUCCUCCACAUAACUCAAUACUCGUGCCGGCGCGAUGUGAAGGAAGCAGUGAACUAGAAGAGAGGGUAGUGUGGCCAAGUAGGGAGGACCUACCCGUCGGGGUGUUCACAGUGAAGAAUCAGGAACUAGACAUUCCAGUCAUGAACUCCACGGGGACGCCAAUGAUUCUUAAAGAAGGAGAGGAGCUAGAACAAUGGGGCACUGAGAAUUGGAGAAGUAUGUGGGAAGAAAUGAAUCCACUAAUGAUGAACAAUGAGAUACCACACCUUGAUAGGGAGGAACGCCGUAACAUCCUGUACGCACAGCUGAAGGAAGGGUCCAAGGUAGAGCAACUGGAUGACGACUUGAAACAAUUGGUAGACGAAUUCGAGGAGGCAUUUGCCUUGCUCGACCCAGAAUUGACAGGAACAGACAGAGCAGAAAUAAGAGCCAAAAUGGAAUUAGAAGGCGAAGAACAAACCCAUGGACUGGUAAAGGAAGGCGGCACAGCAUUCGCAGCUCCAGCGUCAGCAGUGUUAUUGGAACGAUAUGGACCAAAAUGA